AUGAAGUUCCUCAGCCUCCUCACCCUUGCGUCGUUCGCCUUGGCGGUUCCGGCACCGGCCUCGGAGCCAGAGCCUGUUCCUGAGCUUGUCCCCCGGCAGCAGCAGACUGCCGUGGGUGUCAUUGUCAGCCAAGUCGGUACCCUCCAGACUGCUGUCCAAGCCAACGUGGAUGCUAUCACUACGGCCGUCGCCCAAAUUCAGGGAGCUGUUGACGCUCAAGUCAUUGUCCAGCUCCAAGCCGUCAUCCAGGCCAACCUUGAGGCAAUCGUCCAAGCCGUCGCAACAGCUACGGCCGCCAUCGUUGCUGUCACCACCGGCGCGGUGGGAGGUGUCGCAGGUGCCAUCAUCGGCCUCACUCAGCAGCAAGUCGCCCAACUCGUCCUGGCAAUUAACGCAUCUAUCGAGAUCAUCACCCAGAUCAGCGUCACCGUCACCCUCCUCGUCACUGACCUCACCCCGGACAUCCGCGCCUUCUUCGCUGCUGAGAUUCAGGCCGUCAGAGAUGUCCUGAACCCCUUCAUCCGCCCCAUUGCUCUUCUUGCUGCUGCUAUCCUGAGGGCCUCGGUCACUCUUGGUGUGACCGUCACGGACUUGAGGGCUGCUCUCAUUGCCCUGCUUCAAAUCCAGCUUGGUCUUAUCGCUGGCAUUGGCGUCCCUACUGACCCAAGCCUCCCAGUCGUGUCUGCCAUUGCCGCUCUGUAA